AUGAACGCGCUCGCCGCGACCAGCCGCAACUUCCGCCAGGCCGCCCGCCUGCUCGGCCUCGACUCCAAGCUCGAGAAGAGCCUCCUCAUCCCCUUCCGCGAGAUCAAGGUCGAAUGCACCAUCCCCAAGGACGACGGCACGCUGGCCUCCUUCGUGGGCUUCCGCGUGCAGCACGACAAUGCCCGCGGGCCCAUGAAAGGUGGCAUCCGCUACCACCCCGAGGUUGAUCCAGAUGAAGUAAAUGCACUUGCUCAGCUGAUGACAUGGAAGACUGCCGUUGCGGCAGUACCAUAUGGUGGAGCAAAGGGAGGAAUAGGGUGCUCUCCCGGUGAUUUAAGUAGGAGUGAGUUGGAGCGUCUGACGCGUGUAUUUACUCAGAAAAUUCAUGACCUUAUCGGAACUCAUACCGAUAUUCCAGCUCCAGACAUGGGAACUAAUUCACAGACCAUGGCAUGGAUCUUUGACGAGUACUCAAAAUUCCAUGGUCACUCCCCAGCUGUUGUCACAGGGAAGCCCAUAGAUCUUGGUGGAUCAUUAGGUAGGGAUGCGGCCACUGGGCGGGGUGUAAUGUACGCUACUGAGGCUCUCCUGGCCGAAUAUGGGAAGUCUAUUUCUGGAUCAACCUUUGUUAUUCAGGGAUUCGGUAAUGUUGGUUCAUGGGCUGCACAACUCAUCCAUGAGAAAGGUGGUAAGGUAAUUGCACUUGGAGAUGUAUCAGGCACAAUCAGAAACAAAGCAGGAAUAGACGUACCUGCUCUGAUGAAGCACAGAAAUGAGGGUGGUCAGUUGAAAGACUUUCAUGGCGCUGAAGUCAUGGAUGCCUCAGAGUUGCUAGUGCAUGAAUGCGAUGUCCUCCUCCCAUGUGCCUUAGGCGGGGUUCUUAACAGGGAAAAUGCCCCUGAUGUUAAGGCCAAAUUUAUAAUCGAAGCUGCUAAUCAUCCAACCGAUCCAGAAGCUGAUGAGAUUCUUACCAAGAAGGGAGUGGUCGUGUUACCUGAUAUCUAUGCUAAUGCUGGGGGUGUGAUCGUUAGCUAUUUUGAGUGGGUUCAGAACAUUCAAGGAUUCAUGUGGGAAGAAGAAAAGGUGAACAUGGAGCUCCAUAAGUACAUGAACAGCGCGUUCCAGAACAUCAAGGCCAUGUGCAAGUCUCAAGAUUGCAACCUUAGGAUGGGAGCAUUCACCUUGGGAGUGAACCGGGUUGCUCGCGCCACCAUCUUGAGGGGUUGGGAGGCAUGA